AUGCACGGAAUUCUAAAAUUGCUCACCAUUUUCAUCGCAUUGCUCAUAUUAGUGAAAGCCAACGAGGAUGCGAAGCGAUUGUUCGAUGAUUUGAUGGUGAAUUAUAAUCGACAUCGAAAACCGUCCACUGCGCCUGGAAAACCGUUGACUAUUAAGCUGAAACUUAGGCUAAGUCAGAUUAUUGAUGUGGUAGGUUUUUUGAGGGGGAAAUAUUAUGUUUCUCACAGUCAAAAUAUAGCAUUGCUCAUGUUAAGAUGACGCUCUUAACAUGAACAACCAAAAAUUUCGAUCAGUCAAGGAAUCGAGCCUAGAGAUUUUCAAUACCAAGUAGCGCAUCCUAGAGAUUUUGACUGUCUAGAAGCCGCGCCUAGAGAUCUUGACUGUCUAGGAGCCGCGCCUAGAAAACCAAUAUGGAUAUUCAGCCAAAAAUCAUGUAUUCUAGUUCAAAAUUUCCCAAUUUUCAGCACGAAAUCGAUCAAAUAAUGACUUGUUCAGUGUGGCUGAAACAGACGUGGAUUGAUCCGAAAUUGAAAUGGGAUCCAGUGCAUUAUGGAGGUGUUAAUGUUUUGUAUGUGCCGUAUGAAAUGAUUUGGGUGCCCGAUAUUGUGCUUUAUAAUAAGUGAGUUUUUUAAGGGAAAAAAUCCACGUGGCAACAUGUUUUUGUGUAAACAAAUUGAUCUACACAAUUGUAUGUACCUGUAUGUACCAUCAAUUUUCUCUAGCUGUUUUGUUUCUCUGCGUCUCUAACUAACUGGUUUCUAGACACGACCAUUUACUCCAAUUGCCCCUCGGGUCAGACGAGAGACGACGAGAGUCUGAUGACGUCAUCUGAGACAGAUCGCUUCGAGAUAUUUUUGAGAAAAUAUGUGUCCCUUUGAAAAAAUACCGUAUUUUGUUUCAAGGAACACAACAUGUUUUAUUGAAAAUAUCUCGAAGCGAAAUAAAUUUUCGGAAUUUUUUUGCAAUAAGUACUCUCGUCGUCUGGCGUCUGACUCAACGGGCGCCUUGUAUAGUCGUGUAGAGACUGUAUGUUCCUUUAAUUCUCUGCUAAUUCCAAUUGUUUCGCAGCGCCGACAGCAAUUACAACAUCACAAUCUCCACCAAAGCCACACUUCACCAUAGCGGAGAAGUCACCUGGGAACCGCCAGCCAUUUUCAAAAGUAUGUGUCAAAUUGAUGUGAAAUGGUUUCCCUUUGAUGAACAACAAUGUCAUUUGAAGUUUGGAAGUUGGACAUUUUCCGAUGAAUUGUUGAGUGUUGAAGUCAAUGAGCCGAAUUUGAAAUAUGAGAAAGAGGUUGAUUCGAAUGGUAUUGUUGAUAAUGUUACGAUUGCUGAGGAUGGAAUUGGUGAGAUUUUUUUCGGUAGAAAUUCAAUUUUCUACAAAUUUUGGGUUGAAAAUUGGCUAAACGUCCUUCACAACAGCCCAGAAUGUUGAAUAUGAAAUUUACUCUCUCAAAAACUACUUACCAAAACUUCAAUUCAUUCGAGCGAUCCAAGAAAACCACUAACCGGCGCUUCAACCCUGAAAAAUCGAUUUUCUUUAUUUUCCCCCUAUUUUCAUGAUUUUCUCACAUUUUUUCCAAAAAUCUCCAAGUUUCCUGUGAUGGCCAAUUGGUAAACUAUUUGUUUCCCGUGAUAAACCUGAAAAAAUCAUGUAAAACGUGGAAGAAACAAGAAAAAAGCGAGAAAAAACGAAAAAAAAUAAAAAUACGUGCGCGUCAAAUAAAAUGUUGAGUGUGUGCGUGUGUGUGUGUUUGCACACAUUUAAUGCGAGCUACAGUAACCAGUGCAUUUUUUCCAGUUUUUCAAGCUUAAAAUGAAUAUUUUGCAAGUAAAUUCAGUGAAAAAAUUUUUUUGCAGAUCUCUCCGAUUAUUAUCCAUCAGUUGAAUGGGAUAUCAUGUCAAGAAUCGCAAAACGCCGUGCAAAAAAUUAUCCGAGUUGCUGUCCACAAAGCGCCUAUAUCGAUGUUACUGUAAGUCCCCCUUUAAUUCUGAAAAAAAAUAAUUUGAUACAGUACUACCUGCUGCUCCGUCGCAAGCCGCUCUUCUACACGGUGAAUCUGGUGUUUCCCUGUGUCGGAAUCUCGUUUUUAACAAUUUUGGUAUUUUAUUUGCCAUCGGAUUCUGGAGAAAAAGUCACAUUGUGUAUUUCGAUUUUGGUCGCCUUAACCAUCUUUUUCCUUCUACUGGUAAGCACUACAGUACACCUUUAUGUGCCUUUAAAAAUCCGAAAAUUUUAGACUGAAAUCAUUCCGGCCACUUCAAUCACUUUGCCACUUAUUGGAAAAUAUCUGCUAUUCACUAUGGUUAUGGUAACACUGUCUGUGGUGGUUACUGUAGUUUGUAAGUGCCAAAAUCGUGAUCUACGUGGAAUUUUAGGCUGGAUAGAAGUUGUCCCGUCAUUUUUGGAGAUGUGGCCUAGAAAUCCAAAAAUUUGGUUUUCUAGGCCACUAUCCCAAAACCUCGUCCCCUGGGUCAAUUUCCGACGCUGAUUUCAAAUUUUCAGCUCUCAACCUCCAUUUCCGCACGCCAACCACUCAUUUGAUGCCGAAUUGGGUGAAAAAUGUGUUUCUGAAAUGGCUGCCAAAGAUGUUGUUCAUGCGCCGACCUUUAGAUGAAUAUCAGGAGAAAUUUGAUGAGAAGAAGAAGAAAUCCAAGGGAAAAGGUGAGAUUUUUGAGUUUGCUCGCAAAAUUUUGAGGGGAAAUCAAGUUGUCCGAAAACUGUGGGUCAAUUUUGAGUUCAUGGCCUAGAAAAUCAAUUUUUGUCGGAUCCUAGGCCACGGUCUCAAAAUUGAGCUAGAAAACCCGGAAAACCAGUGUCUAGACCCAAAUUUCGCAAGAAUCAUCAAUUACGAGCUCGUAAAUGACUGGAUGGCCUAGAAAACCAAUUUUUGUCGGAUCCUAGGCCACGGUUGAGCCAGAGAACCGGGAGACGAUUUUCCUAGACCAGAUUUUUGCAAGGAUCAUGAAUUUCAAGAUGUUGAAUUAUAGUGUGGCCUAGAAAACCAAUUUUUGUCGGAUCCUAGGCCACGGGCUCAAAAUUGAGCUAGAAAACCCGGAAAACUCAGCGUCUAGACCCAAAUUUCGCAAGAAUCAUCAAUUACGAGCUCGUAAAUGACUGGGUGGCCUAGAAAACCAAUUUUUGUCGAAUCCUAGGCCACGGUUGAGCUAGAAAAUCCAGAAACCCAGUGUCUAGACUCAAAUUUCACAAGAAUCAUCAAUUACGAGCUCGUAAAUGACUGGCUGGCCUAGAAAACCAAUUUUUGUCGGAUCCUAGGCCACGGUCUCAAAAUUGAGCUAGAAAACCCGGAAAACCAGUGUCUAGACCCAAAUUUCACAAGAAUCAUCAAUUACGAGCUCUUAAAUGACUGGGUGGCCUAGAAAACCAAUGUUUGUCGGAUUCUAGGCCACGGUCUCAAAAUUGAGCUAGAAAACCCGGGAAAAUUAGUGUCUAGAUCCAAAUUUCACAAGAAUCAUCAAUUACGAGCUCUUAAAUGACUGGGUGGCCUAGAAAACCAAUUUUUGUCGGAUCCUAGGCCACAGUUGAGCUAGAAAACCGGGAGACGAUUUUCCUAGACCAGACUUUCACAAGAAUCAUCAAUUACGAACUCUUAAAUGACUGGGUGGCCUAGAAAACCAAUUUUUGUCGGAUCCUAGGCCACGGUCUCAAAAUUGACCCGGAAAACCAGUGUCUAGACCCAAAGGAAUUCGAAGAAAAUUGUUGAAUUUCAGACGGCAAAAUCGCUCUAAACGUACACGCUCACCGUGUCUCAAAAGACGUCGGACACAAGCUGAAAAACGCGACAAUCGAUGACUCGAUUCAAAAAUUGUACUAUUCGCCACAAGUCGUCAAGGCUUUCGAGAACAUUUGUUUCAUCGCCGAAUUGUUGAAGAAAAAAGAUCGAGACGAUAAAAUCGACGAGGAUUGGAAGUAUGUGGCGAUGGUUUUGGAUCGCCUGUUUUUGCUCAUUUUUUCGAUGACCUGCUUCAUUGGAACUAUUAUUAUUUUGAUGAGGGUACGGUUUUGGCGCGCUAAAAAAUUACUCAAAAUUAAUUUCAGGCUCCCACACUUUUCGACGACCGCAAACCCAUCGAUCUACAGUAUCGUCCUGGAAAUUUCAGCGCCAAUGAGACGAGAGCUCUUGGAUUUUGA